AUGACAUCUGUAAAUACCCUCUCUGUGAACAUCACUGUCCCAAUCACUCGCACAUUUGGAGUUUCUCAACCAAUUUCCACUGCUCUCCCAAAUGCGAAAGACUUGGAGCUGACGUCAUCACUUCAAAAAACACUCAAUCAAUACAACAGUUAUGAGCCACAGGAGGAGACAUCACAACGAGUCAAAGUACUGCAGAAGCUCAAUGGAUGUGUCAAGCAAUGGAUUCAAAAGAUCACAGAAGCAAGAUACCCAAAGGAUCAAUUGUUCAAUGCCGGUGGACAGUUAAUGGCUUUUGGUUCGUAUCGCCUCGGAGUUCAUUCAAGUGGAGCUGACAUCGACACACUCGUACUGGCGCCACGACAUGCCACACGUGCUGACUUCUUCUCCAGUUUCAAGCAAAUGCUCGCUAAGGAUCCAGAAGUCACCAAUCUGUGCGCUGUGGAAAACGCUUUCGUUCCAAUCAUGACAAUGAAGUACUCUGGUAUUGAAAUCGACUUUCUUUUUGCUCGACUUGCCUUGAAGGAAGUACCUGAAGAUUUGGAUAUCCUAGAUGACGCUCUUCUGAAGAAUCUGGAUCAAGAGAGUGUGAGAAGCCUGAAUGGAUGCCGAGUUGCUGAGAAUUUGUUGAAGCUAGUCCCAAACCAGGAAAACUUCUGCAUCACUCUUCGUGCCAUCAAAUUGUGGGCUAAAAACCAUGGAAUCUACUCGAAUUCAAUGGGUUUCUUUGGAGGAAUCACAUGGGCAAUUCUGGUUGCUCGUGCUUGUCAGCUUUAUCCAAACGCGAGUCCAUCCAAAUUGAUUCAGAAAGUGUUCUUCAUUUUCUCCACAUGGAAAUGGCCGGCUCCAGUGCUUCUUGAUUUCAUCAGCAGUGAUCGGAUGGAUUUGGCUCAGCUCAAUCAAUUAGUUUGGGAUCCUAGAAGAAAUCAAUCUGAUCGAUACCAUUUGAUGCCAAUUGUGACUCCUGCAUUCCCACAGCAAAAUUCAACUCACAAUGUGUCACGGUCAUCAAUGAAAGUGAUCCAGGAAGAAAUGAAGGAUGCAUUGAUCACAUGCGACAAUAUUCAGAAUGGAAGUUGCAAUUGGAUGGAUCUUCUAGAAGAAAUCAACUUCUUCAGUCGGUACAAGCACUUCAUUUCCUUGUCAAUGACAGCUGAAACUGAAAAGGAUGAGUUGGCGUUUGGAGGAUUCUUCGAGUCAAGGAUCAGACAACUUGUGCUCAUUUUGGAGAAGAAUCAGGGAAUCAAGCUUGCUCAUAUCAAUCCAAAGAAGUUCAAAGCUGCUAAGGAUCCAAAGAAAUCAGUUUGGUUCAUUGGUUUGCAAUUUGAUGAGAAUGUGAAGAAUCUGGAUUUGACAAAGGACAUUCAGCAGUUCAAGAGAAACAUCGAUUAUCAAGCAAAGUCUGUGAAAGAUAUUGAAGCGAAUUGUGCAGUGGAAACCGAUUUUUCCUAUGUGAAGAGAUCAGAUUUGGCUCAGACGAUUUCUGUGAAAGAUCUGAAACAAGGAAAAAUGUACAAGAAGCCCGAGAGCAAGGAUCCAGUCAGCAAGAAGCGGAAAGUAUCAGAAAAUGCUCCAAGUGUUCCAAAAAAGCAGAAAUUGGAUGUUUCCGAGAAGUCUUCAGUGGAAUCGUUACUCAAAAACUUGAAGAAGAAGAGCUUAAUUGUUUGA